CGCGUUCUAUUUCUGUUGUUGCGCAUUUUCGCGCUUUUCUCUCUGUGGAGGCGGUUGGAGUGUAACGGGUUUUCUUCGCACUGGACACCUGUUGUACGCUAGUUAGACGAAAUCAGUCACGAGUCAGUGCAACAUCCAAAACCAACAGUUGUCUCUCAUGAAGGCAUAGCAGCAAUGUCACAGCUCUACUUUCGCAGAACGGACAACUUCUCAUACAGGGACCGGAUCCCUCUGCGGAUAGUUCGAGCCGAGUCUGAGCUGUCACCGCUGGAAAAGGCCUACCUGUGUGCUGUGGAGAAAGGCGACUACGCCAGCGUCAAACAAGCACUGAUAGAAGCAGAAAUCUACUUCAAAAUCAACAUCAACUGCAUCGACCCUCUGGGACGGACGGCUCUGUUGAUUGCCAUUGAGAAUGAGAACCUGGAAAUCAUUGAGCUGCUGCUCAGCUUUAACGUGUAUGUGGGGGAUGCGCUUUUACACGCCAUACGAAAGGAAGUGGUGGGAGCUGUGGAGCUGCUUUUGAACCAUAAAAAGCCCAGCGGGGGCAUGCAGGUGCCUCCUAUCCUGUUGGAUAAACAGUUCUCCGAUUUUACUCCUGACAUAACGCCCAUCAUCUUGGCCGCUCACACCAACAACUAUGAGAUCAUCAAGAUGUUGGUUCAGAAGGGUGUGUCCAUGCCCCAGCCCCACCAGGUGCGCUGCAACUGCAUGGAAUGCGUGUCCAGCUCAGAUGUGGACAGCCUGCGACAUUCCAGAUCCCGUCUCAACAUCUACCGGGCCCUGGCCAGUCCCUCACUCAUCGCCCUCUCCAGCGAAGACCCCUUCCUGACGGCCUUUCAGCUCAGCUGGGAGCUCCAGGAGCUCAGCAAGGUGGAGAAUGAAUUCAAGUCAGAGUAUGAAGAGCUUUCCCAGCAAUGUAAGCUGUUCGCCAAAGAUCUGCUCGACCAAACACGUAGCUCAAGAGAGCUCGAGUUGAUUCUGAACUACAAGGACAAUAUGAAUCUCCUAGAGGAUGAAGGGAAUAAUGAUCUUGCCAGGCUGAAACUGGCUAUCAAGUAUCACCAGAAAGAGUUUGUAGCACAGCCAAACUGUCAGCAGCUGCUCGCAUCUCGCUGGUACGAUGAGUUCUCAGGCUGGAGACGCCGCCACUGGGCUAGCAAGUUCAUCACCUGUAUGUUCAUCGGAUUCCUCUUCCCUUUCUUUUCGCUGCUCUACCUGAUCGCUCCCAAGAGCCAUUAUGGCCUCUUCAUCCGGAAACCCUUCAUCAAGUUUAUAUGCCACACUGCUUCUUAUCUGACCUUCCUCUUUCUCCUGCUGUUGGCCUCCCAACAUGUGGACCGCAUGGACAAUCAAGAGCUCACUGAGCAGAGUCCAGAGCUCACUAAACAGGGUCCAGAGCUCACCAAGCAGGGUCCAGAGCCCACCACUGUGGAAUGGAUGAUCCUACCCUGGGUUCUAGGAUUUGUAUGGGCUGAGAUCAAACAAAUGUGGGACGGUGGCUUUCAGGAUUACAUUCAUGAUUGGUGGAACCUCAUGGACUUUGUCAUGAAUUCUCUGUAUCUGGCCACCAUCUCAUUGAAGUUCGUCACUUACUUUAAGUGCUCUGACAACUAUGGGCAGCGGGAGGCAUGGGUGAUGUGGCACCCCACCUUGGUGGGUGAGGCCUUGUUUGCCAUUGCUAACAUAUUUAGCUCCCUACGACUGAUUUCACUCUUCACAGCCAACUCCCACCUGGGCCCUCUUCAGAUAUCUCUCGGCAGAAUGCUGCUGGACAUCCUUAAAUUCCUCUUCAUUUACUGCCUGGUGCUACUCGCAUUUGCAAAUGGACUCAAUCAACUGUAUUUCUAUUAUGAAACUGAUGGCAGAAUUAUUAACAACGUCACAUGCAAGGGUAUCCGCUGCUCAGAGCAGAACAAUGCAUUCACCACCAUGUUUGAGACAUUGCAGUCAUUGUUCUGGUCCAUAUUUGGUCUUGUUGCCCUACAUGUGACCAAUGUUGACGCCAACCAUGAAUUCACCGAAUUUGUUGGAGCCACAAUGUUUGGGACCUACAACAUAAUCUCUCUGGUGGUGCUUCUUAAUAUGCUCAUUGCUAUGAUGAAUAAUUCCUAUCAACAUAUUGCUGACCAUGCUGAUAUUGAGUGGAAGUUUGCUAGAACGAAACUUUGGAUGAGCUACUUUGAGGAGGGUGGUACGCUGCCUCCUCCCUUUAACAUCAUUCCAAGUCCAAAAUCAGCGUGGUACCUCAUCAGAUGGAUCAAGACCCACUUCUUCAAUAUUAAACACAGAAAGAGAACUGAGACAUUUGGAUCACUUGGGAUGCGAGCUGCUGAAAACGUCCGCACAAACCGCCAGUACCAGGAGGUACUUAGAAACCUGGUUAAGAGGUAUGUGGCAGCAAUGAUUAGGGAUGGCAAAAAAGAAGAGGGAUUAACUGAGGAGAACUUUAAGGAACUUAAACAGGACAUCUCAAGCUUCCGUUACGAGGUGAUGGGAAUGAUGAAGGGCAAUAAGAUUGGUGUGUCAAACUCAAAAGGGAACACAGGAGCUUCAAACCUAGUGUAUCCUGAUAACCCUCUGAAGUGCAAUUCAACUUCAGCUGGAAGUCAACUAAAAGGCAAGCUGAGACUGCAGAAUGUCGCCACCUCUGUGAUCCAGCAGGGUGGACCCAAAGCCAACGCCUGUAAGCCUGGCGGCUUAAGCGGCCUAGUGGAUGGUUUCAUCUCAAAAAAUACUGUUAGCAAUCAAAUGAACUGCAAAGGGCCAAACAACCCAGGAGAGAUUUACUCUGUGUCAGAAGAAGCUGGUGAAUCCGAGAGCGAAGAACAGGAUGAUGGCGAACAGGGAGAAAACGGGAACCAAAACAAUGAAUCAGAGAAGGACAGAGUGAAUAAGACUUUGCAAGAGGAUGAUAAAAUGUUGUAUAUGCGUUAUAUGUGUAAUGAAGAAAUGAAUGAGGAAAGAGAAUAUGAUGGAAGCAGAUUAUAACUGCAUUCACAGUCUCUGAAUGCUGCAAAACAAAGAG